UCGUCAGAGAUAAGAGAGCGCGAGCCUCCCUCUUCCUCCGCAGCUCGUCCUUCAAAUAGAAUUUUUGCGGCCAAACGCGCCCGAGAGCCCAACUGCAAGUGCCGAGGGGAUGGAGAAGCUCAAAGCGAUGCUGCUUUUACUACACACGGCACUUUCUCUCGCAGACACGAGGGAGAGUUUUCAGUGCGACAACGAUUACAUGCUCACCAUCAGUUGCUCCCUCAACCUCACAUCAGGCCGCGGGACCCCCCACUGGUUGACUUUCGCCAAACUAUACACGAGCGAAAGAUACAAUUGCAAUUUGUCAAACGUGGGCGGAGACCGACACUCGUGUUUCAUCGCGGUGAAGAAGCCUUGCGACUUUAUGGAUUUCGACGCGUUCGAGAUCUCGCUGUGCGGGGGAAAAAAAGAUGUAGGGCAGUGGUGCCAGCUGAUGGAUGAACGAUACAAGCCAAAGGAUCAUAUUAAACCGCAUGCACCGUGCUGCCUGGCGGUCAGCCACAACUCCAGUCAGCACCGCUUCACGUGGAAAAACACCUACGAGAAAUGUCGAUACGUCACCCUGAAGGACAACCUGGAUUAUCAGAUCCGUUUCUCCAAUCGACAGGACAAAAACAGCACCAGAGUCCACUACACAGACGGUAUGGACUAUUCUGUGAAUGACGGCGACCUCGAGACGGACACGGAGUACAGUACCAAAGUGAGGUCUAAGCCCAGCGCGACUCACUUUCACGGCCAAUGGAGUGACUGGUCGCAAGAGGUCCACUGGAGGACCGUACCAGCCAACGAUUCCGGAGUCGAUGGUUUCUUUUCGAUACACGGCAUAAGCGUCUUCUUGGCCUCAGCUGUGACGGCCACACUCGUCCUGUUUUUAUGCUGCGCUUUGCUAAAAAAGUGGAGGCAAAGUGCGUUCGUUCCCACUCCGGCGCCAUACUUCCAGAGCCUCUACACCAAUUGUCACGGGGAUUUUAAAAGCUGGAUGGACACGCAAGCAAACGUGACCUUCACAGUCAAGCCAGAGGACACGCUCCGAGUCGACGGCCUUGUGGAGGAGCGUCCAACACAGGUUGACGAGAUGGUGUAUGAAAACCUCAAAAGCCAUCCAGCAAGUUUGCCGCCGGAUGAGGGCAAGGCGGCAUGCAGGCCCGGCCGCGUUCCUCUCAUCCAAGGGCAACCUGGCCGCUCCUGCCCCGAAUACUGCACAAUCAGCGACUUGCAGCAAUGUGCGCAAGUCACGGGAAAUGUUACGAAGUCUGAGAUCAAGCACACCGGAAAGUCAGUGAAUGAUUACUGUAAUGACACCGAAGCGAGAAUGAUGCUUUCCGGACAUUAAUUUGUAAUUUCGGGAGGUGCGAUGUCCUUUGGUGAAUGUGUCGAGAUGAUUACAAUGGGUUGAGGAAAAAGAUAUCAAGUUUCAUUUUAAAUACCAUUGAAUGUAUUCCUGUUUACGGCACACAGCUUAGCACGACCGUUUUUUUAAAAGUCAAUAAAAUAUCAUACUCACCGGA